AAAACAGUCAAACUCUCCACUAAUUCUUUUCAUCAACACUUUACCAGGAAAAAAAUUCCGGUGACUGUUAGUUUCGCGUGAGCCGGAGAAUAAAAGCACGCGAGGUAGAAGACGAAGAUGAUCGAUCUUUGGUUUAGUCUUGGCGAUUCUCUCUGAUUGUUUUUACCGGUGACUGUUAGUUUCGUGGGAAUCGGAGAGAAGACUUACGCGAGGUAGAAGAAGAAGAAGAUCGAUUAGUCAUUUACUCUUCGCGAUUCUCUCUGGUAAUCGAUUUUUCGUGGAUCGUGUUUACUGAUUUUCCCCCCAUCUGUGAAGCUCAAAGAGAACGAUUAUCCAGGAAGAUGGAUCGUUCUCAUAAGCGAGAAUUUGUCUACGCCAUUCGAGAUUACCCACUUGGCUGUGGAACUCACUUCAAUGCUGCUCCGUUUUAUCUUCCUCCUCAGAGAUCAAACAAGAAUCCAAGAAAUGGUGAUGUACUUCGUCUCAAACAAGAGCCAGAGUUUCACGAUCACGUCGUUGCAGCUCCUAGACCUAAAGGAAUCUGCUUCAAACAAGAGCCACCUUUUAGAAGCUCUUAUCAGGAUCGUGUCGUUGCAGCUCUUCUUAAAGCUAAAGGAGCUUGUUCUAAACAAGAAGCAGCGUUUAGAAACCCUGAUCAUCAACAUGAUCCCCGUGAGAAAGUGCUUGAGGUCUUGCGUGUUUUCAAAGAUGUUUUCAAACAGUUGGAUCGUGAUAAGCAAGCAAGACGAGGUGGAGAUCUAUUCGAGGCAACAGCUAGGAUAGACAUCAAAACACAAGCUGUCUUAGAGAAAAUGGGGAAACAAGUGAACACAGAGAAGAGAAUCGGACAAGUCCCUGGAAUCCAAGUUGGAGAUGAGUUUCAGUACAAAACCGAACUUCGUCUUAUCGGGCUUCAUUUCAAGACGAUGUGUGGGAUCGACUAUAUGAAGAUCGGAGAUGUUAAGCUUGCGACAAGCAUCGUUGCCUCAAAAGGAUAUGGCUACAAUGACAAGAUUGAUUCUGAUGUGGUGGUUUAUACAGGUGAAGGAGGAAACGUUAUAAGCAGGGGAAAGAUUACUGAAGAUCAGAAAUUGGUAAAAGGUAAUUUAGCUUUGGCUAAUAGCAUGACGCAUAGGAGUGAAGUGAGAGUGAUACGUGGGGAAGAGAGUUGGGAUCGAAAAGGGAAGCGGUAUGUGUAUGAUGGAUUGUAUUUGGUUGAUAAAUACUGGUUAGAGAAAGAAGCUAGAGGUACGACUGUUUACAAGUUUAAGCUUUGUAGAAUUCCUGGUCAACCUCCUUUGACUUGAGAAUAAUUUUAUCAGAUAACUAAAAUAAAUCUCUAUGAUUUUGCAAUAAGGUUUUUAGGUUGAUGAUGGUUCAGAAAGUUGGUCAAACAUGCUUCAUUUUUUUUUUUUUUUUAAAGGUACAAAACGUUGGUCAAAGUGAGCGAGGUAAUUUUUUAUGUAAAAAAUAGUAAAACUCUUAUUUAUGAUUGUUUGUCAUUUAUUAUUUGAUUUUUGGUG